AAUUCAGAUUUUCGAGGCCUUGAAUAAUGAGUUGCGUGCCUUGCUGCCCGAAUGAAGAUUUCAUUCCGCAAGAGGAGCUCGAUCGAUGGACGGACGAUAUUCAUCAUGUUCUCAACAAUCGAGAGGGUACCCGCCGUUUCCAUGAGUUCCUCGUCACCCGAGGCUUGGAUGAAAGCGAGCUCACCCUGGAAUUUUGGGAGAGGUGCAGCCGGUCCCUGGAUCAACUUUCCGCCAGCGGUUCUCCGCCUGACACCAGACAUUCGGUUGAAGUCAUGCGAUUUCACAAGGAGGUAAAGGAUUUGCUGAGUUUUGCGGAGGAGAACGUGAACUUCGAUUUAGCCCAAAUGAAGAUAUUUUAUGAAGCUGUCAAAAGCGCUAACGUGGAUAAGUUGAAGACAGUGGUGGCCGAAGCGAUGGAGUCUGCGGUCAAUCUUUUAGACGAUGAUUAUCAACUCUUCAGGCGUCACUUGUUGCGAGAGAGGAACCUUUUAAAAUCUCGGUGAUUCGGAAAAAGUGAUAUUCGUUGAAAAUUUCCUCGUACCUGCUCAAAAAGGAACCAUCAAAAUCUGGUGUAACCUUGUUGAUGAAGGUUUUGCGUGAGUCUUUCGGCUUGUUCACGUUUUGAAGUUCCUGAGAGAUUUAUAUAAAGUUCCUGAUAAUAAUGUUAAUGAUUCGUUUCGACUUGAAUACGUUGAAAUGAGUAUGCAUACGUACCUAAUUGUGAAAGGAGCGUAUUGGAAAAGAAUCUUGCCCAGGAUAAAUCUAAAGCCACCAUGAUACCUGAGCAUUAUAACCGGUUACCGUAAAGUAAAAAAUGCGUUGAGAAAAACAAAGUAUUUUCUUCCGAAAAUACCUACAUUGUCUCUCCAAUACGUCAACCAGCAGCUCCACUGCUUCGCUAAAACGCCUUCAAUUCCUGCUUCCGCAACCAUUACUGCUUCGCGUUGAUAUGUGAAUCCAAUGUUACAAUGCACUUUUGUACCUACUCACAAAUUCUAACCACUCUAAGUUUAAGUGCGUUAAGGUUUAAUAGCCUGUUGCUCCUUCUGAUUGCGUAGAAUUCUACGGGUAACAUGAGUCGAUUAUUUGAUUAACCAGAAACAAUAGAACAGGAUAAUGAAAAAUCACAAAUGUUUAGAAAUGAGGAAGAGAUAUUAGAUAAAAUGUCGUGCCGAUAUUUCUCUCCAGAUUGCGUCGGAAAUGAGUUUAUCUGUGUCACAACAAGGGAGUUUUUACUAAAAAAGUUGUGGGAGAGCAGAAAAUAAGAAAAUAUUUAAAGGGCCGAAAAGAAUUGUAUUAAAGAAUUUGGAAAACUAUGGAAUUACAAAGAAUAGUCACACUAAAAAAAUGUGCCAAAAGGGCGAACAAGGGGCACAGCGUACUAGUACGGGUCAGAUGGUAGAAGGACCUCGAGAAAUGGAUAGCUCAAGCUUUUAUAGGCUUGCUGACGUCACAGGUGGUGAGACAACAAGUCUACACGCUAUUGGCUGGCUAUAAUCAGUGGAGCUAUCAGCUGCAAGUUCAGUAAUAAAAGUAAUGGGUAAUUUAAGGUGAUGACUGGGAGAUAGGACUGAAAAAGAGGAAAAUGUACGAAAUCCAGCCAUCCCUAAUGAGUAAACUGAAAUGUAAUGAACAAUCGAAAAUGUGAAGGAAAAAUAUGAGAAGGUGUUGACAAUCUGCCUCUAUUGCAAUGAAAGAUUUUAUUUUGUAGUAACUUUGAUAGCAAAAUAAAGUAAAUACCUAUUUCAAACAAAAAUAAUGAUGAUGCUACUUUAAAUAGGUCUGUGGUUACAUAUUUAUCUGCAAAAAAGUUUUCCUUUCAUGACUUUUCACCACUGAAAAUGAGAAAUUAUUUUCAGCCUUUUCCAAAACGACUGAGUGCUGUUAGUGUUGCAUUUAUAAUCUCAGCUAUCGUGCCUUUUUAUGCAAAAUGUUAGUUAUGAUACUCGUUAUUUGCAUAUAUUCGUUGUCAAUCAUACUCGUAGGUAUGAUUGAAGGAAUUAUGAGAAAGAAUUUGUUGGGAUUCCGAAGGAAUUGGUAUAAGCGUUCCUGAGGAUUUAUCUAUACUUAUGUAAUUACUACACAAUGACAGCACGAAUAUUAGGUAACCCCUUGUAGUAAGGAACGUGCAUUGAAAGUAAAACGUUUUAAAAUCGCGGUGCUCCCGGCAUGUUCCAAAAAAAUUGUCUUGGCAAGUUUUUCAAGAAAAAAAUACGGCCACUUGAAUUUUGUUAAGAUAUUGAGAUUAUAUAAAUUUCAAUCGACUUAUUAAAUAACUUGCUAGAGCACAGAUUUGUUUGAAAGCUCCGAGGUAUUUUAACGCUGAGGCACUGUAACGUCCGAUUAUACCAGUUCUGUAUAAUGCGCUGUUUUUGGGUAGAGUACAUGAUCCAUGGGAACAAGGAGUGGUUCAUCAUUAAUUUUGAGUUCAUUUUAUUUGCUCCAAGUAUAUAGAGAUCUUUCGUGAGUAAAUUUUUAUUUUCGAUUUGAUUAAUUACUUCAUUAAGCAAGCCCUGUGUGAGCGAACAGAGAAAUUUCAGGGGUAUUGGACUCAAUCCAAAGUUGUAGAUAUCUAUAGUACCUAAACUUGUUUCAUUUAAUAAUGGUUAAAACUUCUCAUCUUUUAUACAAAUGUUACUUGGGUACUUAUUUUCGUUUAAUUUAAGGCUCAGAAUGAAGUUUUUGUUUAGUUGUGUACUUACGAAUAUUUGAAUUACUGUACGGCGAACUUUUCAGUUAAAUGUCAAUUUUUGUACAAUAAAAUUUUGUUAAUUUUCUACCUCAUUAUUUUUAUUAAAUAUUACUCCGUA